GCAGCUUUUAGCAUUUAAUCUUCAUUUCAGAUUCUGAAUAAAAUCAAAAUGUCCGUUUUGACAGGUUUAAGUGGAUACGGUUCCGGAUCCUCAAGCGAUGAGUCAGAUACGGAGAAGGAGGAGGAAACGAAGAAGAAAGAUAGUUCACGAGAGGAGAAGUUUCUACAUCUUAAGGAUGUUGGAAAGUUUACUGGAAAGAGCAAUGUCCUAGAUUUCUCAGUUAUGGCUGCUCCAAUUGUAACACUGAAUGCAGCUAUGGACUCUAGGCGUCAUCUUGAUCCAUCUGCAGCUGAAGUGAAGUACAAUCCUAAGUACGAUGAACUGUUUGCUCCGGAAUUUGGUCCGUCCAAUCCCUUCAAAACACAGCAGCAGGCAGCCAAGAAGAACCAUUUGGCUGGAUAUGUCGAACACGCUCACGUCAACGAGUUCCAGUUCGAGACCCAGCGGAGAACAUUUCAGAGUUUUAAAUACGCUUACGAUCCAUCUGCUACCAGUGAAACGGAAGGUGAUAAACUUAUCGGAAGUGAGGCUGCGGCCGCCGAGGCAGAUUUCAAAACCGUUUUUGAGGACAACAAAGAAAGACCGUUGGAUAAAAGAAAGCGAGCCAAGAAUACGGAUCCAAGUGAUAUAGAAGGAUAUCUGGGUCCUUGGGCUAAGUACGCGGAUGAAGAAACUGUGAGUAAACCCACAGAUGAGGACGCAGCUUACCUAGAAGAAUAUCUGGCUAAACGUCAGAAGAAAGGCAAGAGAGAAGAGGAGGUUCCGAUGGAGGAGAAAUCUACUCUUCACAUCAAAGACGACAAGGAUUAUCAGGGAAGAACGUUUCUCCAUCCUCCUCAGGAUCUUGGGAUCAAUCUUAAGUCGGACGAACCUCCGGCAAAAUGUUUUAUCCCCAAGAGACAGAUUCAUACAUGGACCGGACACAACAAGGGGAUAUCAGUUAUUCGUUGGUUUCCAGGUUCAGCUCAUCUCAUUCUCUCAGGGUCCAUGGACCAUAAGGUCAAGUUGUGGGAAGUAUACAAUAAGAGACGUUGUAUCAGAACAUAUAUGGGACACAAGCAGGCUAUUAGAGAUGUUAACUUUAACAAUGCUGGUGACCAAUUUCUCUCUGCUUCAUACGACAGAUAUAUAAAAUUGUGGGAUACCGAGACAGGACAAGCUAUUAGUAGGUUUACCAACAAGAAAAUGGCGUUCUGUUGCAAGUUUAACCCUGACGACGACAAACAAAACCUCAUUGUUGCCGGAACUAGCGCUAACAAGAUCGUCUGCUGGGAUAUCCGGUCUGGAGAUAUAGUACAAGAAUACGAUCGGCAUUUAGCAGCGGUCAACACAAUCACAUUCGUUGAUAAAAAUCGUCGAUUUGUAUCAACUAGUGACGAUAAAUCCCUUCGUGUUUGGGAGUGGAAUAUUCCAGUCGACAUGAAAUAUAUUGCUGACCCAAGCAUGCACAGUAUGCCGGCUGUUACACCCUCUCCUAACGGUAAAUGGAUCGCUUGCCAGUCCUUGGACAACAAGAUCUGCGUGUUCCAGGUGGGUGAGAGGUUCAAGGAGGUGAGGAAGAAGGUGUUCAAGGGACACAUGGUGGCAGGAUACGCCUGCGGACUAGAUUUCUCUCCGGAGAUGACGUACCUGACCUCAGGAGAUGGAGACGGGAAAAUAUUUAUCUGGGACUGGAAGACGACUAAGUUAUUAUCCAAGUGGAAGGCUCACGAUGAUGUCUGUAUCCAGGUUCUCUGGCACCCUCAUGAACCGAGCAAGGUCGCCUCUGCAAGCUGGGAUGGAAACAUGAAACUCUGGGAUUAACUUGAAAAGAUCAUAUAUUUUGUAAACUGUUAAAAUCAUUCAUUCAUCGUAUAAAAAACUUUGUUUCAGAAA